GAUAUUUGUUGCUUUUUGUUUAAAGGAUCCUUUGACCCAGAGUGACCUUAAGCCCCAUUGUGACCUGUCGAUAAGGUUCAAUUUGUUUACAUCUCUUAACAUGAACUAACACUUGUAAAGCAAUUAUUAAUCUUAUGUGAAACAUUAGAGAGAUGUGUAGAAUUAGCAAAUGACAGGAUACAAUUCGUGUUUCAAUCAAAAAUGAAAGUGAAACGGCCGUUUAAUAGGCCCAAAACUCUUUGAAUAAUUUUGAAAGACUGUGAAAAAGCACAGUGUACUCUCGCGCAUGUCUCUGCGCAGCGCCUGAUACACAACUCAAACUCAAACCUCACAUCCAUGGCAACAAGAAACAAUUGCAUUUGCAACUUUAUACUUCUCAGGCGGUUUCGUUUAAAGUAGGCUAUACGUAAAAGUUCGAUGCCUCCCAAAAAGAAUGGAAAAGGGACCGCAGAUAAAUCAAUUAAAAAGGAAAGUAUGAAUCCUGAGCAGAAAAACGACGAAGAAUUGACGGAGAGUGACAAAAACUUUUAUCGGGCUCAAAUACGUGAUUUGGAGGAGCGACUGGAAAGAUACCAGCAAAAAUGUGAUGAACUGGAGGUUCAGGAAAAGGAUUUAUACUCAAAGAUAAAUAAUGUGGAGAAAGAGAAGAAAGACAUAGUUCUCUACCUGAAACGCACACUGGCUCAAAAAGAAGAUGAACUGAUUGAUCUGGCUGAGACGUUAUCAAGACACCAGCAAGCUCAAGAGGCUGAGAGAGAUUCCUUUGAGUUACAACUGAGCCUGCUUAGACACGAGCUUCAGGAAAAUAAGGAAAAAUUCACAUCUGAGAACAUGGCGCUUGCUGGUAAACUGGCAUCUUUGGAGGAAUUCUCUAUGCAGAGAGAGAAGCUUAUGGCUGAACGCAGGUGUUUGGAAGAGCAGCUUCAAAAGCAAAAAGAAGAACAUCAAGCACAAAUCUAUAAUCUGGAGAAAAAAGCUGUACUGGACAAUGACAGGCUAAAGAAAGAAAUGCUGCAACAUGUUGCUGCUGUAGCAGCUGAAUUUCGGCAGGUUUCAGAUCAGAAGAUGCCUGAGACAACAAAGAGGGCCAUGCAAGAAAACCUCUCUGUGACAGCACAACUUCAGCAGCUCUCAGACAAGACCAAGGAGCUGCUGAAGGAGAAUGAUGAUCUGCGAGCAAGAGAAAAGCAGCUCAAAAUAGAGAAUGCCAUCACUGAACCGCUGCUGCAUGAGAUAACCAAGAAGAAUGUUGCUAAUCAAAAGGUAGUCCAUCAGUUGACAGAAAAGUGCAAGCAAAUGCAGUCUGAAGUGGAGAAAUGUGCCAAACUUAAAGUGGAGCUCCAAGAGCAGCUAGACAGUCACUCUGCAAUAUGUACAGAGCUUGAUGCUCUCAGAAAGAAACAUGUAACAGUUAUAGAAGUGCUAAACCAAACAAAAGCUGAAGCCAAGAGACAGAGGAAAGAGCUUGAAGAGGAAAGGAUGCUAAGAAAACAGCUAAAAACAGUUCUUGAGGAAGCAGCCGUAGCUUUAAAAGAGGCCCUAAGGGAGGUCCCUAAAGAGGAAGACUCAGAACUGAAGAUUACUAUCAGACGAAAUCAGAUGAUGCAGAAGCUGCUGGCUGUGCUGGACAGUGCUGCAGCUUUAGGAAACGGUCCAGCUCUUACUGACUUCAUGCCAGAGGUGACUUGCAGUCAUGAUCUCAGAAAAGCCUCUGGCAUUAAAAGACCAAGUGAACUCCUGCAGAAAUCUACUUCACAUCUUUCUCACUUUAAAACUGGUGAUACGGGAUUGGUCCCUCGCAAAACACACACUACAUCAUCAAAGACAGGAAAUCUCUCUAUGAAUGCUUAUGUACAUAAGAAACAAUCAAGUGAAAAAUGACAGACAUUUUCAUUGUCAUACUUGAUCACAAGAGUUGUGGGAGGUAUUUUUAAAUAAGGUAUCUAUUGUUGAAGUAGGCCUAUGUGUCAUUUCAAAUUUCAUUGUGUUGUUUUCAUGCAAUGUCACUAGGUGGCAGUAUUGUAUCAUUAUGGAUAGAUACGUGAACGUGGCCUGAAAAGGAAAUAAAGUGAUUUUUUA